GUCGGACGGUAUAUUUUGCCGAUAAAUCCACUACCCUUGCUAAGAAUUUCACUCGAUUUCGUAAACAAAAAUUUAACAUUAAGUCAAAAUAGAUGGCAACUUGGACGCAAAACGAGCCGACUGGCGUCAGCAAACGUAGGCGAUGGAAUCUAGAAGAUCGAGCCUCACUAAACAAAUUGAAGAACCAUAUUGCCCAGGAGGGAUGCCCCCAGAUGCAAUAUGACUUGGCCAAGCAGAUUUUGGACAACGCAAUAGAGCCGAAUAUGGACAAAAUCGAACAGUACCAGAAAGCCGUAAAUUGGCUCGUCACCGCGGCUCACAAUGGCCAUGAGGAUUCAGCCAAGCUGCUAAAAAAUUGCUACAGCGACGGCCGUGGCAUAACGGCAGAGAACGAGGAUGAAGUCCGUAGCUGCCUGUCUAUGACGCCAGGGGAGCGGGCGGCCCGAAAAGCAGCUCGUGAACUAUUUGCCUGUCUCUCGAACGGAAACGAGCACGUUACACCCAAACAGCUGGAAAGAAAGAUGAGAUGCAUAUACAAUCUGCAACGUAAACGCCGAAGACUUGAGGACGAAACGUCCGGAUCCAGCAGCGAGGGCGAACCAGAAUGUGAGCCCCUGGGAAACGUGGAAACCAUGGGGCAUGCAAAUGUGGAGCAUCAACGCUUUAUCACCGAGGCAAAUCUAGUAUCGGCUGCUUCCAACUACAGUGCCGGACGGAUGCCCACUGUAAACGACACAUUGACACUGUCUGUGCCUGAUCCAAGGAGCUUGGACCAUGUGCACCCCAUCUACCGCAUCUUUUUCCACCCGCUCAUAUUUUUCACUCUGUUUUACCACCGUCUGGUAAACUGCAUCAUCUCGUUGCCCAGCAUAUUGCCUGUGAGCGUUCGGCUUGGUCUCCUGAUAGCUCUGUCCUGGUGGAGCAGCUUCCAAUUGGUGCCACUAAUCAGCUACUAUUUCAGCGUUGGCAUGAUGAUCUGGGCCACCUGUAAAAUGCUAAAGACCAAGCAACAGUUUGUCGACUUUCGAAUUUGGUCGGGACUGUUCCUGCGCUAUGGCGACAACAACAUCGAUGCGGGUAUAGCGGAGAAGCGCUUCCUGCGGAACAACAUGAAGCCGUACGUGUAUUAUUUUGGAGCCUUCAUCUGCAACCUGAUUGUGUAUCCUCUGGUGGCCGAUGGCUGGAUGCCCCACUCAGAGCUAACUAUAAUCUCUGGAGCUUUCACGCUACUCACCAUGGGAGGGAGCGUGUAUGCCUCGUCUGAUCUACUGCCCAACUGGGUGGUGGUUGUCUCCUUUGCCGUCAACGUCUUGGCCAAGUAUCCUUAUGAGAUGGACAAGGUGGUCACAUCACGCUGGCGCUUCCUGGACCUGCGUAAACCCACCUUCUCGACAUUUGUGAUUGGCAACGGCAUUGAGUUCUGUCUGAACUGCCGCACAGCAUUGUACCUGUUGAUUCCCGUGCUCCUGGUGAUAAUGGCCAAACGUUCACGCUGGCACGGUGUCUACACGCAUCUCAUUCCACACUGCGUCACGCUCUGCUGGCUGCAAGUGUGCAUCGCCACCUCUCAGAGUGCCACAAUGUUUGGCGUGAUUCGCGGGACUCUCGUCCUCGCCGGGAUGGUUUUGUUUCUGCCCCUAUUCGGAAUAGUGGCGCUCCUCGUUCCGGUCUUCGUGGCCAUCAAGACACUCGGGCUUUCCAGCGAGCAACUUUAUUGGGGCGGUGUAGUUAUCGCCUGUUUACUCAUCAUGCUCGGCUCCUAUCUUCUCGCCCUAAACCGUGUUACCCAAAAGUAUAUUACCGUGCUGCAGCUGGUCAUGGGUGUGACAAUGGCGUGUGUUUUGGUCUUCCCCUACAUGACGUCCAGUUUCAAGGACACGCCGCGCUUCAAUGCGAUGCCACGAUUCGAUCUACAUUCUCUGUCGGACGUGGACUCACUGCCAUGGGAUCGUUUCCAUUCCCUGUGCGCCCUGCCUUUCGAAGAGGAGCCCAACAAGAUAAAGGCCCAGCUGCGUUGCAUUCACCUCAAUGGCUUGCCCGUGGUCUGGCAGGGCAGCGUCACCAAGGUGGAAAUCUCCAAGAUCUCCAAUAUGUUUGAAGAUCUCGUCGCCAAUUACUUGCCCGCCUGGUUGGGCAGGGCGGUACGCUGCGCUCAUGGCGAGGGCAUAUCGCAGCAUUUCCAGUGCAAUCGCAACCUUAAUGACCAAUGCGAUGAGUGGGAGCGCGUGAUCAAAAAAGUCAAUGCUCGAACAGGCAGCUGCACGCUCCAGAAAUAUAACCGCUACGAAUAUGACCUGCUGGUCAAGGUCGGUAGCAGCAGCGGGGGUGGACUGCUAGGACGCUCGACAUCCUCUGAAGUGGUUCUAAAGGCUCACCAUGACUUCGGAAACUUCACGCGGCAGCUCAGCCAUGGCGACAUUGUGCUGUUUUACGGCACACUCCAUCACUCCCGGAUACGGACCAACGAUGUGCAAGUUCUGUUGAAGACCAUCGAGUGCCGGAAAUGUAAGUCCCUAGAGCUAGGUACCGCGAGCAUUGAACGACUAAUAGGUGCCUCUCCGAUGGAUGCCCGCCUGCAGGAACUAAUGAGGGGCAUUAAGUAUCUGUUGAAUGCGUUGUUGAAUCCGUUAAUUACGUUUAACUCCCUCGAUCCCAAUUUAGUGACAGUAUCAGAAGAACUAUCAGAACUCUCUGGCUCAAACUGAAA